CAAAACCGCGGUUAAAACCAACGCGUUCAAGCGAUUCGUGUAACUGACGUCAUCAACCCGUGUGUCAUCUUGAACCAUAUUAUAACCGCGGUACAUAACACAGAAACUUUGGUUAUUCGCUUGGAUUUGAUUUAUGUUUGUGAACCAACUUCUGUCACCGUAGCAAUACAACAAUCUGUCAAUAGUGUCACUUUUUUGUAAGUUUGUAUGAUUUGCAAUAUUUAGCCGAAUUUGUUAAUUCUUCAUACAAUUUUCUUUGAAUAGGGCAGAUCUAGAGAAAGGAUACACUUCCUUAUUCACAUUCUUUAAGGAAUGGCUUCAAUACUAUGCCCAGACGUACCUUCGCCAGGAUUUGGAUUUGAGAACUGUCGCAGAAAUGCGUUGCUGGAAAAUAAAGGUCUUGCUUUCCCGAAGGCACAAAAAACGGGAACAACAAUUGUUGGCAUCACAUUCAAAGAUGGAGUUAUCUUGGGUGCUGAUACCAGAGCUACUGAAGAUACAACUGUAGCCGACAAAAACUCUGAAAAGAUCCACUACCUUGCACCUAAUAUGUAUUGUUGUGGUGCUGGAACUGCUGCCGAUACUGAGAUGACAACUCAAAUGAUUUCAUCGCAGUUGGAGCUGCAUAAGUUGAAUACUAAUCGAAUUGCUAGAGUAUGCACAGCUAACAUGAUGUUGAAACAGUAUCUCUUCAGAUACCAAGGAUACAUUGGGGCUGCUCUCAUCUUAGGGGGUGUGGAUACUGAAGGGUCACAUCUCUACAUGAUUUAUCCUCAUGGCUCCAGUGAUAAGUUACCAUAUGUUACUAUGGGGUCUGGAUCACUAGCCGCCAUAGCAGUUUUUGAGUCGCGUUGGCGUAAGGAUAUGGAUGAAGAGGAAGGAAAACAACUAGUAAGAGAUGCAAUUGCUGCUGGUAUCUUCAACGACCUAGGAUCAGGUUCUAAUGUAGAUCUUUGCAUCAUCAAGAAGGGUGAAGUUGAUUAUAGGAGAACCUAUGAAGAGGCCAAUAAGAAGGGCAUUAAGCAAGGAAACUACAAAUAUCCCAAGGGUGCUACAAAUAUAUUGUCUACAAAGGUGGUUGAAGUUGAGGAUGUUAUGGUAACUAGGAUUGAACCAGAGAGAAUGGAUACUGCGUAACUUUCUUUACUUUUAUUUAUUCAUAUUGGUUUUAUAACGAAUUAAAUAUGAUUCUCUUAAAUAUGAUUUUUAUUAAAAUAUAAUUCUGAGAUUCCUGAAUAGAAUAUAUACACAUACUCGUAUAUGAAAUAUUAAAAAAGUCACC